CAAUUGAUGGAGCUGGCUGAAGCACCCCCCCAUCCCCAUAGCAUUGGCGCGGUAGACUGAAAAUACAUUCUUUAGAUACCACUCGAGCUCACCACGUCAAAGCAUUUUUUUGUGAAGUGGAGCGGGCCAAAAUUUCGGGCCAAAAGAAACAGGGUAUUCCUGUCUGGGUCGUCCUUCGUCGCUCUAGUAGCCGAUAUCCAAAUUUCACCUCGUUCUAGUAGCUGAUAUCCAAGGGAAUCAUGUCUGUUGGCAGAAUCACAAGGCACUCCGCCAUGGAUCGACAACAACGGAUCUCUUAUCCUGCCUCGGCUCUCACCCUCCUCGGCCUCCUCACCAUUCUUCCCGUCGUCCUCGCUAACAACUGCCCCGCUUUCGCCAACGAGCGAUCAGCCUGCACGCAAGACACAUGCGGACGUUACGUCUACAAGGGCAAAUUCACCGUGCAAGGCACGAAGCAGUUUCGCCUCGCCGCCGCACCUAACGGCGUGAAUCUCGGCCCGAAAGCAACCCCCGGAGACUGCUGUCACCAGUGCCGGGCGAACGGCGACUGCGCGUACUGGAACCUCCUCCUGCCGUCUGGUCUCUGCCUCCUCUUUACCGAAGAAGCUUGUAGCGGGGACGCGCAUGUCUUCGUCCCCGGGUUGCCCAACGCAUAUGUCGGUGGUCGUUGCAAUUCUGGCGCCAAGUUCGCCGCCACCGCCGCUGCCGCAAGCGCCCGAGAUGCCGCCGCCGACGCCGCCGUGGGAUCCGCGCUUUCCCGCCCCGGAAUCGGCGUCCUUCCCGGGGGACCAGUGGCGCACGAGAAGCUGACGGACCGCGCGUUCUGCCUGAUUAGCGACUCGUCGCUUCACAUCAACAUGAAACUCUCGGGUUACAUGGAUACCCGCGGCGCCACCAUCGCGACCCCCUCCUCGUCUGCUGGUAACUCGCGAACUCGGCGACCGGCUGUUGUUCGCGCGUGGAUUCGCGAGCUGUCGCUAAUGUGGGGGAGAGGGGGUCCGGGGCAAGCGCAGCACGUGGUGCGAAUGGCUGCUAGAAAAACGGCGCAGCAGGAGAGAGGAGAUGGGUAUCUGGCGACUGUUGAAGUGGACGGCCAUGCGAUGCCGAAGCUAGUGUUGGGAGAUGAGCUCUCGUUAUUCGACGGCGCGGCUACGAUUCUCCUAGCAGCGUACGAGAAGCAAGGCCCGUACGACGUUGAUGUGUACGCGUUAAAGGUAGCGGGUGUGAUUGAAGCGGAGGUUCGCGUACGCCGGGUGCACCCCCUGUUACAAGAACCAGAUGACGCAGAGGCGCAUAUCAACCUGGAGAUCCUCGAUGUUGCGCACUCCCCUACCGUGCACGGGCUCCUGGGUCAAUUUUACCGCGCCAAUGCCACAUCCGAACCAACACUAAACUACUCCAUUCUGUCAAACCUAAUGGCCAUGCCGUUUGUUCCUCCCUCCGAGUCAUCUUCAAACGGGGACAUCGAGGGAGUACCAGAAGACUAUCUCACCUCCUCCCUCCUCGCUCCUGACUGCAAGUUCACUCAGUUCUCGCUCUUCCCUCAGAAACCCAGCAGUAGCGGCGAGACUGAUGGUAGCACCAGGAGCAACAGCAGCAGCAACAGCGACGCUGCUAGUAGCACCAGGAGCAGCAGCAUGACAGAAACCAGCAACAGUGAAAACCAUUUGCGUGGUGUGAGUGGCGACCUAGAGGGGGAAAUCUCAAUUGCUCAGGUGGAAGAUACGGCGGCUGAGGCGGCGGAAAUGGCACUUGGGGAAGCUGAUGUGGCUGACGAGAUUCUUUCAAAGGCAGCUGACAUGGCUAACGAUGUUGCUUAUGCAGCUGAUGCUGCUGCUACCGUGAAUCUCGACGAGACCACUCUCAGGCUCUCGCAAGCGGGGUUUGAUGAGAAUGAGCGGAGAACCGCUUUCUGAGGAGAAUUGCCUCUCCUCACUCUCCAACCUUCAUUCUUCUCAAAUUCGUUUUAGGCUAGGUGCCGCUUAACUAAUAGGUUGUAGG